CGUAGUGUGGGUCAGUUCGCUCGUGCAGCUGCGAUAUAAAUAAGAAGGGUUCGCACGUAACCAGCACGUGCAUAAUUGACAAAAGCUGUUGCGAAUACGUCCAUCGAUGUUUCAACAAGUUUCCUUUGAAUUCCACCGUACGCAACGCAAUUGGAAUCAAGUGGAGCCGAACAAUCGCUCCAUUCUUUACAACAAUUACAUCACACGCUCACCGUACCUGGUUUAGUAAUUGAGACAAUCUAUGGAUUUGCAUUGUUAAUUGACUAUGGGACUUUUCGUCGAAGGUGUUAAGUGUUGACAAGUGUAAAAACAACUAUAUCAAAAAGAAAAGUGUCAUCAUGCUUCUGUGCGCAGCUUUUGCGGUGUUCCUGCACGUCCUACUGCAAACUUCAUCUGUCACCGCCGUCAGUUGGGAGGAAUGGUGGACCUACGACGGCAUCUCCGGUCCAGCUUUCUGGGGGCUAAUAAAUCCGGAAUGGUCAUUGUGCAACAAGGGCAGGAGACAGUCCCCGGUUAAUCUAGAACCGAAUAAGCUCCUGUUCGACCCCAACCUACGUCCCCUGCACAUCGACAAACAUCGGGUCAGUGGAAAUAUAAUGAAUACUGGUCACAGCGUGAUCUUCAACGUGGAAAAUGAUACGCGCCACCACAUAAAUAUAACAGGAGGUCCGUUGUCCUACAAAUACCAAUUCCAAGAGAUUCACAUCCACUACGGCCUCCACGACCAGUUCGGAUCCGAACACACUAUCAACGGUUACGCAUUCCCAGCAGAGAUCCAGAUUUUCGGGUUCAACUCUCAACUGUAUUCGAACUUCUCUGAGGCGCUGCACAAGGCUCAGGGGAUCGUAGUCAUUUCGCUCCUUCUUCAGCUCGGGGACCUCUCCAAUCCGGAGCUAAGGAUACUCACGGAGCAACUCGACAAAAUCAGAUAUGGCGGGGAGGAGAUGGAGAUAAAGAGGUUGUCGGUUAGGGGACUUCUCCCUGAGACGGACUACUACAUGACGUACGACGGAUCGACAACGAUGCCCGCAUGCCACGAGACCGUCACGUGGCUCAUCCUCAACAAGCCCAUUUACAUCACCAAGCAACAGAUGCACGCACUGCGAAGGCUGAUGCAAGGACACGCGAUACACCCGAAGGCCCCGCUUGGCAACAACUUUCGGCCACCGCAGCCUCUCCACCAUCGUCCGGUCAGGACCAAUAUUGACUUCAACGUCAAGCAUCCAGCGGAAGGAGGAAAGGUGUGUCCUAGCAUGUACAGAGAUGUCCACUAUAAGGCGAACAGUUGGAAGCAGCACUAAGAGAUUUCCGGCGGAAACAACCAAGAAGAAGACAAACAUAUAACGAAAGUGAAAUAUCCUCAACCAUAUCAUCCGGGCUAUACAAUUAUAAAUAUAUUAAUUAAAUAAAUAAAUUAAACAAAAAAUAUGAAGAGAAAAUAUGUAUAUCAAACGUAAUUUUAACGCGUGAUUUGACUGAUUCCGCAGUGCGUCGAAACUACGGGAAAUAAAAUUGGUUUGACGAAAGGAUUAUUAAAAAAAAA